UCGUCCGUACAGGGCGGUACGGCAGUUUACAGAAAUAACAACGGAGAGAAGAAAUCUAAAAUGGCCACUUCACAACCACCUCCGGUUUCAAGCAGUACCGAUUUAAUGACGCAAAAAGCUAUUUUGGAACAAAUAUUUCUUAAGCGAGCAGAGGAAGGAGAUUUUUGGUAUGUUAUUGUGGCAGAAUGGCUUGAACAGUUGAAACGGUAUCUUGGUAUGCCAAGCAACCGGAAGUACUACCAUCAGAGGUCAUACCCCGGACCAAUUAUCACCAGACGAGACUACGCUCAUACUGUUGACGUAGUACAUGAAGACGCUUGGCGCAUGCUCAUACAAUGGUACGGACUAGCGGACGGACAUAAACCAAUCAAAUUGGUUGUUUAUGGCUACAAUAGAUCGCCUGAUAUUGAACAUAACAUCAAUGCAUUCAAACUGAUGUUGUCCAAUUCUCCACCAGAAGAUUUCCAUAAUGAAAAGUUCAGUAAAAUGGAGAAAGUCGGCCAUGUUGAAUGGAAAGCACGCGCCUUGUACGGAAUAGGGACAGACAAAAAGACACGCUUGUGGGGCAAACCUGAUACGGAUGGUGAGUGGAGGGCGCUUACGUGUCGAGACAAAGCUAUUGGUAAAUGUCUGGAAGUUGAUUCAGAUUUCAUUCGCCCGAUAGUUGCUAUGGAGAUUUGUGGGUGUGACGAUAUAUGGGGACAAGCCCCUGAAGGAGUUGAACCAAGUCAGGAACCAGCUAUAGGCCCACUCUAUGAACAUGACAUUUUCGAUGACGUCACAAGUACAUGGGAAAUUGACAUUCAUGAUCAAAUCGAUCAUAUUGGUAAAAGUGUCAUUGAUGGCCUACAUAUGAACUUCAGUGCCUUUGUUCAAAGAGCAAAAGAAUUUAUUGACCAAAGAGAUGCACAACUUCGUCAACGUGAAAGAGACAUAUCCGCGUGUGAAAACUUCGCUGAUGACACGAGAAGGAGAUUGGAAGAAAAGGAACGAACGCUGGACGUAGAACUGGCAUCAUGCCAAACUUUGGCCAAAGAUUACGAAACGAAAAAAGCACAGUUAGCUUCCGAGCAUGACCAAAAAGUGCAGGAACUGGCAGAGCUUGAACAGAGAAGAAAGGUUGACAAUGAAAAAGAAAGAGAGAAAUUUGAAACAGAGAGGAAGCGUUUUAAUGAAGAGUUGGAGAGAAUGACAGAGCUAAAUGAAAUACAAGAAGGUCGGAUAAAACUGGACAUUGGUGGUGUACAGUACACGACAUCACUGGCCACAUUGAAAAAGGACUCCAACUCGAUGUUGGCGGCCAUGUUCAGUGGACGUCAUCAACUUCGGACCGAAGCUGACGGAAGUUACUUCAUUGACAGAGACGGUGCCCACUUCCGGUACAUUCUUAAUUAUUUGAGAGACGGCGGAAUAAAGGACGGGACAUUGCCUAGCAAUGACAAUUUAUGGCGGGAAUUACUCACAGAAGCCGAAUACUAUCAGAUCAGCGGGCUGGUCGAUUAUCUUUACACGUUAUUAUACAAACAAAGCGAACUCUUUUGUGUUGAGGAUAAGGACGUACCGGAAGACGAAGAUGAUGGAAAUGACACUUUUGUUUGAAAUGGAUACAUGGAGUUAUGAUACAAUCUUUUGUAAAAUAUCAUAAAAAUAUUAGACAACACAGGGCAAGUUUGUCUCGUGAUAUCAUAUGCAUUGUUGUGACAAACGGAACAAAAGUGUUUCAGAGAAAACAAAUCACUUGAGUGCUGUUUAAUUCUGAAUGAUUCGUUUUCACAUGACGACAUUUUGCAAAAUGAAAUGUUCACUUUCUCGUGGAACAUAAAUGAGCUUAAUUAAGCAUUUUAAAAAACUGUCAAAAUGUUAGUAGUCUAUACC